AUGUCUCUCUCCAACAAGCUUGCUAUCACUGACGUCGACCUCAAGGACAAGCGUGUCUUGAUCCGCGUCGACUUCAACGUCCCUCUGGAUGGCAACAAGAACAUCACCAACAACCAGCGUAUCGUCGGUGCUCUCCCCACCAUCAAGUAUGCCAUUGAGAAUGGCGCCAAGGCCGUCAUCCUCAUGUCCCACCUCGGCCGUCCCGACGGCAAGGUCAACCCCAAGUACAGCCUGAAGCCCGUCGUGGCCGAGCUCGAGAAGCUGCUGAGCAAGUCCGUCAUCUUCACCGAGGACUGCGUCGGCAAGGAGGUCGAGGAGACCGUCAACAAGGCCUCCGGCGGCCAGGUCAUCCUGCUGGAGAACCUGCGUUUCCACGCCGAGGAGGAGGGCAGCUACAAGGACGAGGAGGGCAAGAAGGUCAAGGCCGACAAGGAGAAGGUUGCCGAGUUCCGCAAGGGCCUGACUGCUCUGGGUGAUAUCUACAUCAACGAUGCUUUCGGUACUGCCCACCGUGCCCACUCCUCCAUGGUCGGUGUCGACCUUCCCCAGAAGGCGUCCGGAUUCCUCGUCAAGAAGGAGCUGGACUACUUCGCUCAGGCUCUUGAGAGCCCCAAGCGCCCCUUCCUGGCCAUCCUCGGUGGCGCCAAGGUCUCCGACAAGAUCCAGCUGAUCGACAACCUGUUGCCCAAGGUCAACAGCCUGAUCAUCACCGGCGCCAUGGCGUUCACCUUCAAGAAGACCCUGGAGGGCGUCAAGAUCGGCAACAGCCUGUUCGACGAGGCUGGCAGCAAGAUCGUCGGCGAGGUCAUGGAGAAGGCCAAGAAGCACAACGUCAAGGUUGUCCUGCCCGUCGACUACAUCACCGCCGAUAAGUUCGCCGAGGACGCCAAGAUCGGCCAGGCCACCGACGCCGAGGGCAUCCCCGAGGGCUUCAUGGGCCUGGACGUUGGCGAGAAGUCCGUCGCUCUGUACAAGGAGGUCAUCGCCGAGGCCAAGACCAUCCUCUGGAACGGCCCCUGCGGUGUCUUUGAGAUGAAGCCCUUCGCCAAGGGUACCGAGGAGACCCUUGACGCCGUCGUCAAGGCCGCCCAGUCCGGCUCCAUUGUCAUCAUCGGCGGUGGUGACACCGCCACCGUCGCCGCCAAGUACGGCGUCGAGGACAAGCUCAGCCACGUCUCCACCGGUGGUGGUGCCUCUCUUGAGCUCCUCGAGGGCAAGGACCUCCCCGGUGUCUCCGCCUUGUCGUCGAGUAAGUAAAAAACUCUCUACCAACUAUAUCUAAUGUCAAUUGGGAGGUUGUAGGCAAGGCCCCCGCGUAGGCUGUGCAGCGGAAGUGGCAUGGGGCGGGAGGGGAGUGCAUAUGUGCGUUUUACCUGUCUUGUCAGCCUUUCCCUUGCAUGUUCUGCCCAUGCGGAGGGUUCUAGGUCCUAUGCUUCAACGAAUGUAAUGUACAAGGAUGAUGAUAAUCUUCAAACGUUUUGAUUGGAUUGUUCUGAUCUGAGGUUCUGUUCAGUGACGGGUUCUAAGCUAUGAUGUAAGACUUGGGGAUUGCUGCCUUUACUUCCACAGAUGUAGGUAGACCGUAUCUACGAUAUCACCACAGCAUAAACUGGAGGCGCGUAAGCUGUACUACCCAACCAGAUCAAGCCUCUAGCUCUCUACACUCGCACCCCUACGCACCAGCCCUCCAACCAGCUCUCCCCAAUAUCAAAACAUCAAUCCCCAAGC